AUGGCGGGAACAACCAACACCACAGCCGAGGCCGCGACGCCUGACGCAGCCCCGACGGCCAAAGAGCUCCUUGCGAACGACCGUGCUGUGAUUGACUUUGCGAGCGGCGACGAGGACGACGAAGAAGAAGAGGACGAAGAGGAUGAGGACGAGGCCGAUGAAGGCGGCGAACGACCAGCCAAACGCCAGCGUCAAGAGCCCCCCGCAAACGACACGUCCAAACAAGUGGAGGUGCCGCGCAAAGCAACGUUCACCCGCGCGGAUAAGAUCAACAAGACCAUCAUGAAAGUCACAGGGAACGACGACAGUGGAUUUUCCAUGUUCGACACGUCGUCGUCGUACCCCAUGAUGAUAGUGUACAAGAAAGAAAUUGCCGCGUCGCGCAAGCUUCUGACGGCCAAGAAACCUCAAGAUGCGUUUUGUAUCGCCAUGGCGGCGUAUUUGAGCAUGCAGGAUUACGACGUGUGGUACCACGACACGGAAGACCCUCGUGGAGUGGAACUAGUGUUCACGGCGUACUACAAGCUGUGGAACGACAUCUUUAAGUCGGACGAUGCCACGCUGGGACUCAAAGGACGCGAUGUGUUGAUCAACGUGCUAAGCAAGUUUGGCAAUGACGUCAAGGACGACCACGAGUACAACUUCCCAUGGUUUGCCAAGGCGUAGCCCGCUGCGGCGACAUACCGCCGCGGGCAAGAGGCAAAUGGAAACGCUGCUCCCGAUGGAGUCGACGACACCGUGGGUAAUGUUGACAUUAUGCUCCACAGUGGCUAGCUCUUGAAGCUUGAUAAAGUUAGCGAGGAUGAGGAAAUAGGUCUACCGAGUGUUGUGUUUAUUAUAAUGUUAUGACGUUAAAGGUUGCUCAAUAAUAUUCGCUAUAAACUUCCAA